CGACCGCCCGGCGCGUCUGCUUGGGAGACAGAUGGGGGGCGGGCCCAUCUGAGAGGGGCGGAGGAGGCCGGGGGUGGAGGAGAAGGGGAGGUGAGAACUCUGAGAAUCUGAAUUGGGUGGAGAGGGGGGACCGGAGGAGGGCUAAGAGGACUCCGCGCCCGGGGGAGAGGAGGAGGGGGCAGCUCUGCACCAAUCAGUGGCGCCGGCCUGGGAGGUUGCUAGCGGUAUCCACGUAAAUCAAAGGGCGCGGAGCCAAUGGGAGGGGGUGGAGGGGGCGGGGCCCAGGCGCGUGCCGCUGCAAGCCGGCGCUGCCAAGAGAGCGGGAGAGAGCUGGAGAGAGCAGGGAGAGGGGGGAGAGCGGAGCUAGUCAGAGAGUGAGCGAGAGCAAGGAGGGAGAGGAGGAGAAAGAGAGCGAGGGCUGGCUGGCGGGCGGGAGGCGGCGGCGGCUGUAAUAGCAGGAGCAGCAACAGAAGGCGUCGGAGCCGGCGUCGGAGCUGCCCGCUGGGGGAGAGAGAGAGGAAAGAGACAGAGAGCGAGCUAGGAGAGGAGCCCGAGGCGAAAAAGUAACUGUCAAAUGCGCGGCUCCUUUAACCGGAGCGCUCAGUCCGGCUCCGAGAGUCAUGGCGACCGCAGCGUCUAACCACUACAGCCUGCUCACCUCCAGCGCCUCCAUCGUGCACGCUGAGCCGCCCGGCGGCAUGCAGCAGGGUGCGGGGGGCUACCGCGAGGCGCAGAGCCUGGUGCAGGGCGACUACGCCGCGCUGCAGAGCAACGGGCACCCGCUCAGCCACGCUCACCAGUGGAUCACCGCGCUGUCCCACGGCGGCGGCGGUGGGGGCGGUGGCGGCGGCGGCGGGGGCGGGGGUGGUGGCGGGGGCGGCGGCGACAGCUCCCCGUGGUCCACCAGCCCCUUGGGCCAGCCGGACAUCAAGCCCUCCGUGGUGGUGCAGCAGGGCGGCCGCGGCGACGAGCUGCACGGGCCAGGCGCCCUGCAGCAGCAGCACCAGCAGCAGCAACAGCAGCAACAACAGCAGCAGCAGCAGCAACAGCAGCAGCAGCAGCAGCGGCCGCCGCAUCUGGUGCACCACGCCGCCAACCACCACCCGGGGCCCGGGGCAUGGCGGAGCGCGGCGGCUGCGGCGCACCUCCCGCCCUCCAUGGGAGCGUCCAACGGCGGCUUGCUCUACUCGCAGCCCAGCUUCACCGUGAACGGUAUGCUGGGUGCCGGCGGGCAACCGGCGGGGCUGCACCACCACGGCCUGCGGGACGCGCACGACGAGCCUCACCACACCGACCACCACCCGCACCCGCACUCACACCCGCACCAGCAGCCACCGCCCCCGCCGCCCCCUCAGGGCCCGCCCGGGCACCCCGGCGCACACCACGACCCGCACUCGGAUGAGGACACGCCGACCUCGGAUGACCUGGAGCAGUUCGCCAAGCAGUUCAAGCAGCGGCGGAUCAAACUGGGAUUUACCCAAGCGGACGUGGGGCUGGCGCUGGGCACCCUGUAUGGCAACGUGUUCUCGCAGACCACCAUCUGCAGGUUUGAGGCCCUGCAGCUGAGCUUCAAAAACAUGUGCAAGCUGAAGCCUUUGUUGAACAAGUGGUUGGAGGAGGCGGACUCGUCCUCGGGCAGCCCCACGAGCAUAGACAAGAUCGCAGCGCAGGGGCGCAAGAGGAAAAAGCGGACCUCCAUCGAGGUGAGCGUCAAGGGGGCUCUGGAGAGCCAUUUCCUCAAAUGCCCCAAGCCCUCGGCCCAGGAGAUCACCUCCCUCGCGGACAGCUUACAGCUGGAGAAGGAGGUGGUGAGAGUUUGGUUUUGUAACAGGAGACAGAAAGAGAAAAGGAUGACCCCUCCCGGAGGGACUUUGCCGGGCGCCGAGGAUGUAUACGGGGGGAGUAGGGACACGCCACCACACCACGGGGUGCAGACACCCGUCCAGUGAACUCGAGCGGGGGGAGGGGCAGAGCGCGGGGCUCCCCUCCCCUUCGGUCCAGGGCCCUUUCCCGGCCCUCUUUUUCCCUCUCUAACUUCUGAUUGUUCUUUUAUUUUUAAUUAUUAUUUCCCCGUCCCUUAAAGAGAAAAAAAAAAUAAGGAAAACAACUAAGGCACUGGACUAUCCUUUGAACGGUAGCAGGUGUAAUGAUGUGUUUUGACCUUUACAGGCUAGUACCCAGGCAAUGGAGUGGAGUGUCUCAUAGAGGAGAAUGAGAGAGUGAGAAUGAGUGAGAGAAAGAGAGUGAGAGAGAGAAGGAGAGAGAAAGUUAAAUACUGAGUUAAAUACCUGGCAAAACUAAAUAAAUUACCAAAAAGAAAAAAAAAUUCCACCAAACCAUGAUAAACACAAAACACAGCUCCUGAUGCUUGGAGUUGGCACAUGCUGCUGUGUUUAUUUAAUGUGGAUCCCCAGCAGGAAGGAGGGAGAAAUACACACGUUCUUUGAUGUAGGCAACAUUUAACCACAUAAAUUUGCACUGCAAGAAAAUUGAAGUUUACAUGAACAAAUUGAUGAACAUGUUUUUCUUUCUCCCACCGUUAAUUUUGAAAUUGUCGGGUUUGGGUUAGUUGGGUUUGAUUUGGUUCAUCAGAGAGAGUUGAAGCCAGCUCCUGUCCACUUACCAUGUCCAAUAUUUUUGUGCUGCCCCUCUUUCUUCUUAUGGCUUGUGAACUUUCCAAAUUCCACCCCUCCCCUUACAUUAGUAUAACAUUUAUUUGCACCCUUUACCAAAGCAAACCAAUUGGCUUCAUACAAAAUAAAUAAUUCCCUGCAUUCAGGAAAUGUGCAUGGUCUACCCGCUUUAUCCAAGGCAAGAAUCCUGUUUGGAAUUAAAAAAAAAAAAAAAAAAAAAAAAAAGGAAAGUGAAGCAGUGGUUUUUGUUACCAGCCACAAAGUAAACUUCAUUUUCAGGCAGUGUUUCUGAGGGAGGUUGUGAAGAGGAGAAACAGAGAAAUCGAUAGUGAGUGACUGAUUGCUUCAUUUUAUCAGGCGGGCCCAUUGUGAAAGAGCUCAGAGGAAAUGUGGAGGUUAAAUAUAUUUCCAGAGUUGUCCAACAUAAGGAAAGUGGCACUUUGAAGAGAAGUAGGGAAAUAUAUAUCUUCGGACACCCCUGUACAGUUCUUUGCCUUCAGUUUUAAUAAAUUAAUUAUGAGGAAUUAUUUGUGCUGACAACAGCAGCUAAACUUUGUUCCUCUAAGAGCUUUUUAAAAAAACAUAAAGAAAAUAAUCUGGGAAUUUGAUGGUGUAUGCAUAGACUGCAAUUCUUAGCACACAAAUAUCCACACGCACAUAGAACAUCUCCACUCUAGGCUGACUUUGUCUUCACUAGCUUAUUUGUUUAUCAAACAUAUUUAAGGUCUCACACCCUCCUCUGUAAUUUAUUACAGAAAAUACCAGUUUGAUGGUGGACAGCUUUUUUACCCCUCUUUCACUAAGGAAGCCAAAUCGAGUAGGGGGAAAAAAAGUUAUUUUCAGCCCUUCCUUUUCUCCCUUUGUUAACAGUUUUAAGUGCGUUUUGACCUUAUCUUGAUGGAAAAUGGUUAACUCCAUAACAAAAGACUCUACUGGGGAGUGUAGGUGAAAAAACAAAAAAACAAAACAAAAAAAAAAAACCUUGUAACUGUAUUGAAAAUAAAUUCCAUUAAGCUGUGAUCAGUUAAAAUAUUAAAUAAUAAUCAGCACAAAGGGCGCUAAAAGGGAAAACACUUUUUAGUAAUUUUUAAAGUUUGGGGCUUUUUUCUCUGGUUAGGUAUUAGAUUUUGAUUUAAAAAAAAUGAAAUUCUCACUACCAGAAAAUUAUGGUUCAGCAUCGUAUUAGCAUUGCAAUCAGUAGUUAAGGUUUUAGGAAAUAUGCUUUAUAUUGUCUUUUCAAACACUUGUGAUUGUUUCAUUUUCAAUGUUUUUGCAAGAUAAAUGAUGGCUUAUAAUGGGCAUAUUUAUUUGCCUGUAUUUCAUUUCCCCCAAUGAAUGUCACAAGGAGAUGGGCAAGGAGCCCCUUCGGGGUGCAUCACACCGCCGGUUUCUGAGGUGUGGGAACUGGCCUUUAGUGAAGCAAUCCAGGCAUAUAGCCAAUGGUAAAGGGAGGAAAUGAAUUUUCAGAUUCUUAUUACCAAGUGGGUAAGGUCAGGAGCUAGAGUUCAGGGGAUGUGUCUAUAGCACCUCUAACUCUUUUAGGUUUACUAAGAUGAAAGUUACCACUGAACCUUACCACUAUGUAUAUAUGUUUAAUAUCUGUCUUUUGAAAUGCAGAAAUAGUUUAAAUGUUUCUUUGUCUAUUUUCCUUUUUUUUUAAUGCUACCCAGGGAAAUAUUUUCAUAUCAUUUUUAAGUGGCCUGCCUCAAUGUAUAUUUAUUUCUUUUAAAGCAAAAAGGUUCUGAAAACUGUUUUUCUGUAGCUUUAAAUGAGUAGGUGAGCAAAAUCUAUAUGGGAUGUAAUUUUUUUUUUGUUCAGUCUCUUUAAAAUACUUUGUUUUGGUACAUUUGGUUGUGCUUGUGGGGAAAAUAAAAACGCAGAGAUCCUUAUAUAUUUAUGUUAAAGUAAUAUUUUAUUAUCUACAUAAAACAGAAAUGCACAAUACCUUCAUAGUUUGUUCUAAUUAUUGAAAUAUCUUUAUUUUAUUUUAAAAAUAGUGCCAAGUUUUAAGGGGGGAAAAAUCCUAGACCUUAUACUGACUGAAUUGAGUUGUGUGUAAAAUACUCCCCUUCCUUUAUACUUCAUAAAGUUUUGGAAUAAAUUUUAUGCCUAUACUGCCAGGCUUCAUGUUUAUAACUUUCAGGGGCUUUUUUUGGUUUUUGUUAUUUAUGUUGUUGUUAAAAAGAGACUACUCUUCUGAUUCACUUUUCUUUGCAAAAACUAUCAGUCCCAAACCUUGCAGUCACUAUGCCUGUAGCAUUAAAUUGAAAUGGUCAUUGGGUUUGAGCUUCAAUUUGUUUGCCAUUUCAUGGUCUGACAAAGCGAUGUUUGUCCCCUGAAAUAUCUGCAGUGUUCCCUGCAUCUUCUCUCCAGGUUAGCUUUACCUUGUCUGAUUGUGCUUUUUUUGGAGAACAUCCAUAAAACUAGGGGACUCUAAUCUUUACCCAUAUGUCCUUGCAUCAUUUGGGACCUACAGAAGAGCAAGGUUUGUUAAGAGGAUUAUUCUUUUUUAAUAAUUAACAAAUAUCUUUCAGCAAAGAAUAAUUCUGACAAUAUGCACUAUGUGUGUUUGCCAAGUGGUUAGAAGUAGUUCCCAUAUAUUAUUCCUGUUAGGCUUACAGAAAAAGAUGGAUUUUGCAGUAGUUUAUACAAGAGUGUCUAUUUCUCAUGAGGCAAGCAGACAGAAUCUGAAACAAGAAAUGAAAAAAAAAAGAAAACGUAUGGGAGAGACCCCAACUGGGGUGCUAAUAAGAAAUUGUUUCAGAUAGUCUUGGAACAUUAUACUUAUCAGAUAAGUUUUAAGGUUAGUGAGACAUACAAGCAGUGUUGAGUUAGUUUACAAGUUUGCUGAUGUAUUUAAAGUCCUCUUUGGAACAGUGGUUUAAGUCUAAAUGUCCAUUUUGAAAGGUAGUUUCUGGGCUUAUUACAUCUGAUCAUCUAUUCUAACUCCUAGUCAAUAUUACACAGGUCUCAAACAGAUUCAGCCAAAUGAUCUUAUCAAUAGUCUGAACGAGAAGUGACAGAAAGAAGGAGUGUUUUGUGACCGCAGACAUGCUGAUGGGUAAAAUGUUUAAACUGGCUAUAGAUUUGAGUUCUGGGUCAAUAUCCCCCUCCAUUGUAGGCCAAAAACAAGCAGCAUCUGCCCUCUGCAGGGCAUUUGAGUGGACCUUGAGAAGGCGUUUUUGUUCUUAGCCACAGGGGCUACUGACUGGAAACCAUCCCGUGUUAAACAGACACACCAUGAUUUUGACCCACGCUGGCUGGUCAGAGCCUAGAGCUACCCUUGUACUUCUGAUAUGGGUUUGGGGGAGUGUAUCAAAUGCUAAGAUGAAAAACUCCCUCACUGCCCCUGGGAGAAAUUUGUGGGGUAUAUGUCAGCAUCCCUAAAAUGCUGACUAGCCACAGCAACACACCCUUUCAUUUCCCUAAAGACAAUAAUGCAGAAUAUGGCUCUCCUGAAAGAGCUCCUGUGUUUCCUCAAAAUAUGUCACUUUUAAAAUUGAUGGUGUAAGAUGGGGAAGAAAUGAUCACGUGGGAGAGUUAUGAGGUCAGAUGGAGGGAAUGGCCAUAAAUAAUAUUAUGCUUGGCACUUCGAAACAUUCUCGGUUCCCACGAAGUUACCUCCUUUAUACUUCAGAUGCAAACAACAAAAGCACUCUUCUUCCCCUCCCGCUCCUACUAGUGGGAGCCACGGCACUGGUUGGCAAUAUCUUCUGGUGAAAUGGCUUUAAUAAAGGCACUCAUCUUUCUAUCUUCUUAUUUCUCCAAAAGCAAACGAAUAAAGAGAUGCAACAGCAACAAUGGGGGGAAAAAAUGGCCUGUGAGUGCAUUGGUACCUGUGCAUGUGUGUCUGUAUGCUGCAUUCAUUUGCCUUUCAUUUGCCUUACUGUGGAAGUGGCUUGGAUAGUGCUGGGCUGCAGGGUGAGAGAAAUGAUUUUUUUUUUUUUAACCACUGGUCUCUGUUAUUUGUCUUUGUUGAUUUUUCAAUCAGUUUAUAGAACUCUGUUCUAGAUUCUAUUGAAUUCCUAGACAAGCUAAAGAAUGAGGUAAAGAACGGAACUUGUGCAGAAAAAGGAAGAAGGAUGAUGAAGUGAGGGUCAAAGGUAAAAGCGUUUCUUUGGGUCUGCUUGUGUAUUUCAGUGAGGCAAAAGGGACCGUGUUUAUUUAAAAGAAAAGAAAAAGAUGCAUCUUUAAGUACUGUGAAUGAAUCUUGACAAUAUGAUUAAAUGGGAUGUACAGCUAAAUUUUAUAUAAAUGUUUUCCCUCUUCAGGAAACUACUUUUCAGUGUUCUCUUAACAGGGGGCAGAUGGUUGUAUGAGAAAACCAGGGCCUCUGGUACCCAUUCCUAUCACUUGAUUCAAUACAGAAACUAAUGCAAAAGUGGCAGGAUCUUGUCACUUAGCUAAGCAAAUCAUGGAAUAAACUCGCUGAUCUUGUAGAACUUGGGCCAAAGUUGUUGCAAUGUCCCUUAUGUAGACCUGGGUACAGAAGUGCCAGAGAAUGGCCUUUUAGUUUUUUUUUUUAAAGCUUUGCUUAGUUAUGGAGAUAAAGAAAAAUAAGACUAUUUUUACAUUAUUCUUCUGUCUGGUGGGAAGCUAGGAAAUUUGUUUCCUCUUUUUUAAAAAAAAAAAGAAAAGAAAAAAGUUAACUUUAUCAUGUAGUACUUUCCCCUUACCCUAGUAACAAUUCUGCUUGGCUUAGCUAAUAGAGGUUUUAGAAACAAUAUCAUAUUCCAUCAAAACACCUCCGGCCUCUAUUGUUCCUAGAAUUCUGGCUGUUGAUAAUUAAGAUGUAUUUCCUUUUUUUAAAAUGUCUGAAAUGUUAUUUAAUACACCAGUAAAAGUGCAUCUAUAUCUUAAAGUUC